CCCUCCAUUUUCCUCCUCCUUCGCUCCCCCACUCCUACUCCCAACAAAUCGUCGCCGUCCGUUCCUUCGAUCGGACGGUGACUCUUCCUUCCCCACUGCGCGCUCUCUCUCUCUCUCUCUCUCUCUCUCUCUCUCCUUUCUAAGAAAUCUCAAGUCAGAGAAUUUCUAGUCAUUUUCUCUCCCUUCUCUGCAUAAAAGCGCAUGGACCGGCGGCGGACCGGGAGCCCGGUCUACGGCCGCCAGCGGAGCGGUGGGUCUAGUAGCACUGGAUCAUCGUCUCCGGCCAUGUCGCCGGCCCACCACCGGUCGGCGUCGGCGGCCGGAUCUUUCUCUAACAUCAAGCGGACGCAGAACGUUGCCGCAAAAGCAGCCGCCCAGCGCCUUGCGCAGGUCAUGGCCUCGCAGACUGCGGACGCCGACGACGACGACGAUGAUGAGGGAGAUGUUGCCGCAGGGUUCCGGUACAACGCCCCUCCACGCUACACGAACAACAGUGUCCCCGCGAUCAUGGCCGGGAGGCCCACCAGAUCCCCUUCGCCUGCGUUAGGUCGGAACUUUGCAGAGUCUACUCCCUCAGUUCGUUCUUCAUCAACUGGUAGGCCAUCAGUAUCAUCUGUUCGAUCGACGCCUAUGGUUCCCCCAAGUCGAACAUCACUGAGGGCUCCGACUGCUAUUCCUCCGAUAGAACCUCCUAUUGAUAGGCGUAGGGACAACAAAAGGUUUAUGGGAGAAACAGGACACCUGAACUCAAAAGAACCAGGAAACCAACGUGAAGCUUCUGCACUUCGAGAUGAGCUCGAUAUGCUACAAGAAGAGAAUGAGAAUAUUCUUGACAAGCUUCGAGUUGCAGAAGAUAGAUGUGAGGAGGCAGAGGCCAGGGCUAGGGAGCUUGAGAAACAGGUUGCUGCUCUUGGCGAAGGGGUGUCUCUAGAAGCCCGGUUGUUGAGCAGAAAGGAGGCAGCUUUGCGUCAAAGAGAGGCUGCUCUUAAAGCUGCCAACAAGCAAACCAAGGAUGGGAGAGAUGAAGAAAUCACAGCUCUUCGAUUGGAGGUUGAGUCUGCAAAAGAUGAGGCAGUGUCAGCUCUAGAACAACUGCGAGAAGCAGAAUCUGAAGCAAAAGCACUGCGCACUAUGACACAGAGAAUGAUCUUGACUCAGGAAGAGAUGGAAGAGGUUGUUCUCAAAAGGUGUUGGCUUGCUCGCUAUUGGGGUUUAGCUGUUCGGCAUGGUAUCCAUGGAGAGAUUGCAGUGUCAAAACAUGAACACUGGUCCUCAUUAGCACCUCUUCCUCUUGAAGUGGUUAUUUCUGCUGGGCAGAAAGCUAAGGAAGAAUCCUGGAACCAAGGGAAUGAUGAUCCUGAAAGUCGGAAUAAACUUGUGCGGGAUUUGUCUGAUCUUACUGGGGAAGGCAAUAUCGAGAGCAUGCUUUCAGUUGAAAAAGGCUUAAGGGAACUUGCCUCUUUGAAGGUUGAAGAUGCUGUUGUGCUCGCAAUGGCUUACCAUCGACGCCCAAAUUUGGUUCGACAAUCCACCUCAGAUCUUAAAUCACCCGGUGACCCAAAGUUUCUGGAGGCAUUUGAAUUAAAUCAUGAGGAAGCAGAGGAUGUUCUUUUCAAGCAGGCAUGGCUCACAUAUUUCUGGAGAAGAGCCAAAGCCCAUGGUGUGGAAGAAGAUGUUGCCGAAGAGCGACUUGAAUUUUGGAUCGGCCGCAGUGGCCAGCCACCAACUUCGCACGAUUCUGUUGAUGUUGAGAGGGGUCUGAUGGAACUGAGGAAGCUGGGGAUAGAGCAGCAACUGUGGGAAGCAUCACGCAAGGAAAUCGACCAAGCUCCUGCAGCAGCUGCCAAUCACAAACCGACUACAGAUUCAGAGACUGCUUCAUGAUGAUCAUGGUGCAAUUUCAUUUGCGUCCCGUUUAGUCUGUGAGUAACCAGGCUUUCAUUUCUUUUGGCUUUUGCCUCAUAGCUUCAGUAUAAAUCAUCACUCAUGAUCCCCCCAUCACGGAGAGAGCUACGGUUUGUUUCAUGGAGAUGUACCACACGAUGCAUCUCUUUCAUUUUCUUUUAGGUUUGUGUAAUUAGGAUGGGAUGAGGGAAAAAAAAUGAUAGUUUGGGAAUGAGUGUAACGUUCGUGUCAUGCUUUUGAAAUUUGUUGGAUUUUGUAUAUGUUGGAUCCAAGCCGUUAAUCAGUGAAUAGAGUCCAGGGGCCCACAGGCAUGACAGUUAGUGGGAUCACCCCCAUUUGAUGGAAAUGAAGAACAUUAUUCUUCCU